AUUUGACAUUUCUCUGACCAACAAGUAAAAAGUAAACAAAAAGCCACAACACAAAAGUGUCCAAAAUAAUGAAAUUAGUGUUUUUCUGUUUACUUACAAGUAAAUAAAACCAUUUUUUUUUGUACAAAAGUUAUUGACAAUUAAUUUUUUGUGUAAAAUAAAGUAGCUCUUUUACCUUUACCAAACCACUUGUGGAUUUCAUGAUAGGGGUGUAUUCAUUGCAUUAGUAAUAAUGGGAAAAGCAGAUCAAAUAAGUGAUAGGGUACCGGGACUAUGCCCUCCGAGCGAAGCUAGCAAAUUGUUGGAGCAAGCCCUACUGCAAAUGGAUGGGAUCAUUUCAGGAUCUGGAUCGUUAACAGCUCAAUCUCCUGAUUACGGUUUUGCCACGUGUCCUAGCAUUCGUGAAGCUGCCAAUAAUUUAGCAACUGCCCUACAAAAUAGUAAUUCACCUCCACCUCCAGAUCCUGAUAUCGCCAAAGUAUUACUUCAUUGGAUCCAGCAGGUUCAAAUGUUAAAUAAACGAGCGCUGUCAAAACAAAUCAACAGGACCACUCUAAAAUAGUGUUCAAUUAAAAAAAAAAAAAACAAAAUGAGGGAAGUGUGCAAAAGUGGAGCCGUAGUAGCAGCAGUCGUGGCAGUGCUAGAGAAGCAAUCCCGUCAAUUUACACCUGUUCAAAAAAUACCACCCGCCAUUCCACCAAGGCACCAUUCUCGUGAGGUUUCCCCAAAUUAUUUAGCUGAAAAUAGCCUGGAACCGCGGAAGCCCGCCGAACUGGCUACAAACAUAAUAAACACCAACAACAGUGAUUUUAUAAAUAGAAACACUCAAGACGGUACUAGCACGUCCGAUGAAAAUAAUUUCGAGUUAGCCGUGCAGGACUUCAAUACAGUUGCCGAAGACGUGGAGAAGACGUUUUCUUGUGACGACGGCGAUGUGACCAAACGGAAUCUUAUAAAAAGCGAAUGUUUUACGAACAGUGCCUUAAUUGAUUCGCAAAAUAAGUAUUUUGGGGGACAGAGAGUGGACUGUUCCAGCAUAAAUCGACUAGGUAGUGUUACUGGAAGAUUGCCUGAAAAUAAAGUUCGAAUACAUGAUAGUGGUAGUGGAAUAAGGAAAAAUUGUGUCACUAUUGAUUUUACAAGUGAGGAGGAUAAUAAAAGUGGUGGGGAGGGAAAGAAGACUGAUGUACGAAAUGGAGUAAUAAGGGUGCCUCCGCCAAAUGCCAAACCAUCAAACAGCCUAAAAUUGAACUUUGACAAAAUAUCUUUCAAAUCUGAUGACUAUGCGGCUGUUCUGGGAUACGAAGAUGGAGAUAUUGAUAGUGAUAGCUUAGAGGGUAGCACCGAUAGUGAAGGUGUGCUGUUUGUUAGUGGAGGUUUGGCAACCAUAACUGAGGAAGAGCGAAGCAGUGUGCAGUCGUCUAGAGGUUGUGAAGAUGACUCCAGUAUUGAGGAUGAUUCGACUUUAAAAGACCGCCACCAUUUAUGGUCUGGUAGCGCUUCAAACGCAGGUUCAACUUCAGAUCUGUCUACUACAUCAUCUGAAAGAACUGGAACUUUAGGAGACUCUAGUUCUACGAAAUGCACUAGCGACUUUCAAUGGAUCCGUAAAGAACCUACAGCAUUGUCUUCGUCAAUGUCUUCGCCACAGCGUCUGUCUCCUAUUAGAAUGGAAGAGGAACUUGUUCUUGAACAGCACACACUAAAUAAACCUCCUAUCUCUAGGUCGUUAAGAGAUAAGACUCCUAGGAAAAGUGGUAGUGACAGAUCAGGCCCGUCAGCGCCAGGAAGUUUGGACAGGCGAAGACAUCAUACUUUAAAAAGGGAGGAACGAGAUCAAAAAUCCAGAUCUUCGCAUGUUAAAAGUCCUCCGAGAUUAGACGAUUUUCAGUCUAAUUUGGGUAAUAACAAUAAUCAGAAUGGGUAUUGUUGUCCACCAGGAUGUGGACCCUAUGAUGGUUAUUUUGAAAGUUUUCAUAGAAGACAUGAAAGAUCUGAUCCUCAGCGUUAUGGCAGUAGUCCGAUGCUCAUGGAACACCGGGAGCAUCGUUUCGCUGAAAGAGGAAGUCAUCCAGAUAUCUAUGGUGACUGUUCCAGAUAUCGACACGAUAUGUCAUCGUGUUGUUCAUAUCAUUUGGGUCCGCCGCCAUGCUGUUAUUAUGGUAGCGAAAGGGGGUAUCAUUGGACGCCUCAAUCUUAUCCCAAGCCUGGCGAGCAAGAUGAAAAGUUACGCAAGAUGCAAUAUGAAAGGGACAACCUCCAACUGCAAGUUCAAGUGCUCACUGAACAGAUCGAGGCUCAGUCUGAUAAAAUUUCGGAUUUGGAAAAAGUCCUUCAAGAGAAAAAGACGCUUCUGUCUGAUGCCGAAGAAAAACUACAAAGGGAAGUUUUGUCAAGAUCCUCUCUAGAAACUCAAAAACUAGAAUUGAUGUCUAUAAUGAGCGAAUUGAAACUAACGGCGGCUUCGUUGGAGAGGGAAAAUAUGGAAUUGCGAAACAGUCACUUCAAUAACAAUUCAGAUGGUAAAAAGCCACCGCCAAUCCCCAGACUAGGAUCCGCAUCUCAGCCUCAAUUAACAUCUACACCUCAACACUCUACUCAGGGUUUAAGAGUUUCACCAUCGCCUAGUCCUGUGGGUAUGUCAUCAACUGGUCUUAAAAAUAUCGAUCCUGCAUCGCCAUAUCAAAAUGAUGUCAAUCAACGAUCAAAGACUCCACCUUCAAACUACAAACGUCAAAUAGAUGUUCAAUAUGGAAGUUUGCCACGUCAGCAGUUCCUUUCAAACGGUUCCGGAGUGGGAAAUUUUUCGAUGGUAGACAACAACGCGAAUCCCCAGCAAAAAAGAGGCGUAGCAUUCGCUGAAACAGAAAAGGUUGUUAUAGAUGGCAAUGCAUCAAAAGAAGAAUCCCCCGGUUCUCCAACGUUAACCUUCAAUAAAAAUAAGGGAAUUAAGAAAAUUUUCGGCAAGAUGAAACGUUCGGGAUCAGGAAAUCUUGAAGAUUUACCUGCAGGAGUUGGCGAUUUCCAAAGAGGCGGUGUCAGAGCUACUGCUGCAGCAAGAUUGGGCUGGAGCGAACCUCAACUAAGCCCCAAACCUGACAAACCGUUUGCUGAGUGGGACAUUGAGAACAUCUGCGAUUGGUUGCAAGAUUUAGGCUUGGAUCAGUACAUUACAGAUGCUAAAAGAUGGGUGAAAAAUGGUCAGCAAUUACAAGAAAGCUCCAUCAAUGAAAUCGAAAAGGAAUUGAAUAUAAAAAAUCCUUUACAUAGGAAAAAAUUACAAUUAGCACUGAUAGAUACAGAUGAAAAUUCAUCUAGUGAUCCUUAUUUGUCACAAGCAGGAAAAUUGGAUACUGCGUGGGUUCUAAGGUGGUUAGAUGAUGCAGGUCUACCUCAACACAAAGAAAACUUUUUAAUAAACCGAGUGGACGGUCGUGUGCUACACCGACUUACCAUAGACGAUCUUGCAUUGCUGCACGUUACAUCACUUUUGCACGUAGCUAGUAUUAAAAGGGGAAUUCAAGUUCUAAGGGAAAAUAACUAUGAACCCACGUGUUUGCAGAGAAGAUCUCUGCCGGAUGAUCCUGACAAGGCUACCCCUAAACAAAUAUCUUUAUGGACAACACACAGGGUUAUGGAAUGGCUUCGAGCAGUAGAUUUAGCAGAGUACGCGCCCAAUCUUCGCGGAGCUGGGGUCCACGGAGGUCUUAUGGUACUGGAACCGAAAUUCACAGCUGACUUGUUAGCUUCUUUACUUUCCAUCCCACCUGGUAAAACUUUGUUGAGAAGGCACUUGAAUACUCACUUCAAAGAGUUAUUGGGUAAGGAUAUUAUACAGGAGAAACGGGAAUUGGAAGCUACCAUGGGUUAUACUCCGUUGACGCCUAGUGGGAAAUUGAAAGUAAGUAAGGUGGCCAAAAAGUCCCAAUUCUCACUAAAAAGAAAAAAGAGCAAAGGAGAAGCAGAUUACGGAGAUUUAGUGUGUCCACUAAAUGCGGACAAACAGUCAGGUGAACUGAGUACUUCUACUCUUAACAUGGGUAUGACGAAGAUGGAAAACCUAGAGGUAGAGGAUGCCUAUCGCGUUGAGAGAACCCUGGCUUCCAGGUCACUUCCGGCGUCAGUCCGGAAUUCUCCAGUUACCCUGAGACACGUUUGAGAGAUUUUUUUAUUGUACAACGGAGUAAUUUUAGAACUUAGAUUAAUUAAGUAAUAUUUAUAUUUAAACAGAACAAAAAUUGUCACAAGUAUUAUUACAGUACCAACAAUAGAAGAAUAUUUAAUAUCAUAGUGUCUUCCCACCCUGUUUUAUAUUUAAAGAAAAAAACAUCUGCCUUAGUGAAAAUGUGAAUUGUACUUUUAUAUUGUUUUUAACUAAAAUAUGAAUGCAUUGAAUUUAGGAUGUUAUCCUGUGAUGAUUAUUACGGAUGUGCUUUAUGGUAUGCCAUAUGAAGCGUAAGAUCUCUUUUUGAGUAUCACAAGGGAGGACAUACUUUAUUCAGAAUAUUGUUACUAAUGAGUGAGAAUGUACCAUUUUUUUAAUCCCAUACAUAUACCAUUGUUAUGUAGUGUCGAGCAUAGUGUAACUUAGGCUCAUUAAUAAAAACAAAAAUAUAUCACAUUUUGAUAAGAUCUAUUAUUCAUAAUAUGUAAGGAAAAUAUCACUAUAACAAAUAGGUUAAAAAUUGUCUCACCAAAAAGCAUAAUAUACAUAUAGUGAAUGUGAAAUGUAUUGAAAAAUUCUAAAAAAAAACCGCAUAGGAAUUAAGUACCGAGGUAUUACAUCACUUUGAGGAUUUGCUAUAACAAUAUUUUUUGGAUUCUCUCAAUUUUUGAGAAUCUAAGUAAAUAGGUAUGAUGAAUUUCCUGUUCUAACUUAAGCUCAAAAUGUCAAAGCUUAUUGGCUCCCAUCCUUUUGUAGACAAUAUAAAUUCUAAACUAACUUUUUUGUGCCAAAAAAAAGCAAAACCACUGUUUGGUAUGAGGGUUGAGUUUUUUUCGAGAAUUCUUCUAUAGACAAUAUUAUAGAUGUUACCAAAAACUAAUGAGUAGAUUGUAGAAAAUUUUACAAAUUGACCAAAAAUAAAAUACUUUGACCAUAUCAUAGGUCUCAACAAUAUAUUCUAAUAUUAAUUAGGCUAAGCCACAAACGUAUUUUUUUAUUAACUUAACUUUUUUGAAUGAGUGCGAUAAUUAUUAUUAUCCCUUUGGAAAGCGUUCAUAAGUAUUAAAAUGGAACAAUAAAUUACAGGUUUUUCUGUAUUUUUGUGUGUAUUUAGUUCAACUUAUGGUGUGUAGCAGCUUUUUAUGUCAGAUACUUUGAUGAGUACCUACAUGAAACUAUGUAUAUCAUAGAAUUUUUGUAAAAACCUACUGUUUUUGUACUGUAAUAUUUAUACUAAAUUAUUUAUCACACUUUUUUCUUAUUAUUGUUUCGAUAUACCUAUUUUAAUCAUGAAAACUAUACUGAAUCGUAUGAAAUAAAUGUUAAUAUUUAA